AACAUUAAGGAUGGCGAAUAAUUUAGAAGGGCUAGUGCUGGUGUUGUCGCUUUUUUGGGCAUGUGUAAUUGCAGUAGAGCAAGGAAGAUGGCAAUUUUCGCUGAAUCAGGACAAUGCAUAUGCCAUGGUACACAAGACCAUGUAUAAUAACACCCCUGUAUCAGUAAAAGUUGACUGCUCAAGUAAUGUGAAGAUAAGAGUACAGUGGAAGCUACGGUAUCUACCAUGCUAUAUAAGUGCAGCUGAAGGGGGAGACUCACAAGAACAAAAUUCUAAUAAUUUUUACAACAUGGAUCACAGUCCCCUUGUGGAGUUUGAAAACACACUAGGACAGAUAAGAGUCCAAACUAGUACUGGGAAUAAUACUGGAGAUUGUGGACAGCUAACAUUAAAGGAUGAGAGUGGUGCGCCAAUUAAUGUGAUACGAUUUACCACAACAAAUAUUACUGAAAAAGCCAGUGAUUCAAGUGAUAAAAGUGUAGGCUCAGAAGCUGGAAAGGCUGGUAAAGUCAAACGUCAAGCAACGCCUCCUUUAAAUGUGACCAAAACAAAAGCAGUAACGACUGCUGCAGUCACGGUAGCAGGGCCACAACCAGUAGAACAAAGUACAAAAGGUCAAACCAACAAGCCAAUGCCUGCUGGUAACAAGGAGGACACGUCAUAUGUGGCUCGUGCCUGGCAGGAUGGUACCUAUGUCUUUAUGAUAAAGGUGUCUUCAGAAGAAAAAUUUGAUGUAUCAGUGGAUAUCAGCAUUGAGAAUGCACAUGGUUAUCUAUCAGCUGUGGAUUGGCCACUUAUUAUUUUUUAUGGUGUCAUGUGCAUCAUUUAUGUGUUGUAUGGAUUAUUGUGGCUUAUCAUGUCAUUCUGUAAUUGGAAAGAUUUACUGAGAAUUCAGUUUUGGAUUGGAGCAGUCAUUUUCUUAGGAAUGUUGGAAAAAGCUGUAUUUUAUGCAGAAUAUCAGUCCAUCAACUCAACAGGAAAAUCUGUAAGAGGAGCCAUUAUAGUAGCAGAGUUGGUGUCCUGUAUGAAGAGAGCUCUGGCCAGAAUGCUUGUUGUUAUUGUUAGUUUAGGAUUUGGAAUAGUCAAGCCCCGUCUAGGUCCAAUGCUGCACCGUGUACUUGGUAUGGGAGCCCUUUACUUUAUUCUUGGAUCAGUGGAAGGGUGCUUGAGAGUACUCAAUCCUAGAGAAGACCCUGAUAACCAUGCUAUGUUGGCACGCAUACCUCUGGCAGUGUUGGAUGCUGCCAUUUGUUGGUGGGUAUUCUCCAGUCUUGUCCAAACCACAAGGACUCUGAGACUGAGGAGAAAUGUAGUGAAGCUGAGCUUGUACAGGCAUUUUACAAAUACCUUGAUAUUUGCUGUAGUAGCCUCUGUAGCAUUCAUGAUUUGGUCCAUCAAGCAGCAUACAUUUGCUGAGUGCUUGCAGGACUGGGCAGAGUUGUGGUUGGAUGACGCCUACUGGCACCUGUUGUUUUCUGUUAUUCUAAUGGUGAUAAUGGUUCUUUGGAGACCCACUAUCAACAACCAGAGAUAUGCAUUCUCCCCACUGCUAGAUGCAGCAGACCAGGAAGCAGAGGAACCCAUGAUGAAUGAUGCUUUUGAGGGAAUGAAGAUGAGAGGAUUAAAAGCUGAAGGUCAAGUGAAGCCCAAGGAACCAGCCUCCAAAGUGGAGGACGAUCUGAAGUGGAUAGAAGAAAACAUUCCUGCAUCAGUAGCUGAUACUGCCCUCCCAAGCCUGUUGGAUUCAGAUGAAGAAAUCAUGACCACCAAGUUUGAGAUGUCCAAGAUGGAGUGAAAAUAUGGAUGAAUUUACACUUUAGUUUCUGAAGGGAUGAAGCACGAUUUGAUUAUUAAGGGUUGGGUUUCCUUUAUAUGGAAUUGUCAGUGAUGUCAUGCUCUUCAAGAUAUCUAUUUGGGAUGUCAUUCCUCUCCUUUCUGACUAUCUCACCUGUGCUAAAAUAUCUCUCAAGCAACUUACAGGGAAAAUUGAUGAGACAGCUAACAGUUUUAACUUGUUAAAAGCAAAAGUUGUUUCUUUAAGUUGUUAACUUUAAAAUGCGCAUUUCAGUAUUUAAAAAGAAAAAAAACGUACUUUUUAUGAACCGUGCCCAAUUGUUUGCACAUCAUAUAGAGUUAAAAGUGAAGCAUAAGUUGUGUAGUGUUUAAACCGUCUUGGCUUACAAUAACUUUAAAAGAUGACAAUACAAGGCCCUUUUCACAUUGUGCAGUUUAUUUAACUUCAUCGCAUUGUUUUGAGAGAUUGACAACUCAGUAGCCUGGCUAUUAUGUAAGAGUCAUCUAAAUGGAGUUACUGCCAUGGCCACAUAAUCGGAUUCAAUUUGAUUGAUCCAGGCAGUUGUAUACAAACUAGUGAUAGGGAGCAUAACUCCCCAUUACAUUAGGGUCAGUCUUGAUGUUGCGGUACAGGUAAGUAAACAAGUGAGAAGGGCCCAAAGUAUACAUCAUUUGAUUUCUUUGCCCUGUCUAUAUUUGAUUGGAAAUCGUUCAAUUGCAGAUUUGUCAAUUUUGUUACAUCUCACAUUCAUGAUCUCUCGGCUUUAAAUAAGGGCGAGUUGUGUUAUUAUGAGGGGUUGAUUUUUUUGCUGGAACAAUGCCUAGAUUAUUGCAUAUUCCAGAAUUAAAUGUGCAGCUGGUUAAGAUGUUUUGGGAUCUUGUGGUAUGUGUAGUUUGUUUCAAUUUUUAGAUUAUUUAAUUGGGGGAUAUAGAUUUUGACUGUAGUAUUCUGAGGAAGUGCACAAUAUACAAUUGCUUUUUGUCAAAUCAUGCUGAUGUUUAAGGAGCUUAUUUUGUUGUAUAUAUGAUAAUAUAUAUAUUCAUGUUCCAUAUGUAAUAAUUUCAAAGGAAAUUUCAGAUUUAAAGUUAUUAUUUGUUUUCAGUUUCCUUUAAUUGUAAAAUAUUUUUACUGUGUAAAUAAAGUGGGUCAAUCUCUA